AAUCUGAAUAUGGCGAAUAUUGCGAGCCCUUUACCGUAUCUCACUAAAAGAGAGAUAGGGGCUCUGCCAGGUUUGAAGUCACAGUUUUUCAAUAAACGUUUGAAUGCGGCUAGGAAUCUGUACCGUAGAGAUUUGGUAUGCCAUUUUGGAUGUGUGAACGCCAUCGAGUUUUCGAGCAAUGGCGAGUUACUUGUAUCAGGAGGGGAUGACAGGAGGGUGAUGCUAUGGCAUUUUGGACAGGCCAUCCUUGAUCAUGGCAAACCAGAAGUCAUGAAAGCUCUCCACCAGUCCAACAUAUUUUGUUUGGGAAUCACUAAUGAUAAUCAGAAGAUUUAUUCUGGGGGCAAUGAUGAUAUUGUAAUUGUCCAUGAUUUGGAGAGCAAGUGCCCUCUAGAAGUGUUGCAACACCAGCGCGCAGUAUGCAGUCUCAGUAUCGACCCAUUUAACGAACGCGUUGUUGCCACUGCCGGCAACGAUGGUCGGUUGCUGCUGUUUGAUACUCGGCACUCUGUGCAUGAAUCACUGAUAAUAUCGCGCAGUCGCAAAGCGUUCCACGGCGUGAUGUUCCACCCGCAGCAAAUUGGCAUGCUGGUUUCAGCCAAUGCGCGUGAUGGUGUGGCCCUUUGGGACUUGCGUGCGCCUAAACAGUUCAGCCCCGUGAUACGCUACGUGGGCGGCAACGGCGCGGCGCAAAACUGCAUGAGUGCGCGCUUCAAUGGCGCGGGCACGCACGUGCUCGCGCUGCGACGUCGUCUCUCGCCUGUGCUUUAUGCUGUACAGUCGCCGGAGCCCGUAGCAGAGUUUUAUCAUCAGGACUAUUACAAUUCAUGCACAAUGAAAAGCUGUUGCUUCGCCGGCGAAGGAGACCAGUUCGUAUUGUCGGGUUCCGACGACUUCAAUCUCUACAUGUGGAAGGUUCCCGAAGGUGGCAUUGGAGGACUGGAUACAAUAAUAGAACCGCCGCACAUAGUGCUUUACGGACAUCGGUCGAUUGUGAACCAAGUGCGGUACAACCCUCACUAUUGCCUCAUCGCAUCCUCUGGCGUCGAGAAGAUUAUUAAGGUAUGGUCGGCACUGGAAUAUCCACAUAUGCGUGGUUCGCUGCUCGAAGAGGCACAAGGCUCCGACAAUCCACGCGAAAUAUAUAGCCACGAGGAUUACGUGUCACUUGUACAUCACAGUGGACAGUACAUCUCCCACAACUACGCAGAGCAGUCAACGAGCGAGGACCCGCGAAUGAUGGCAUUUUUCGAUUCGCUCGUCCAGCGUGAGUUGGAAUGUCUGGCUGAGGAAACAGACUCCCUCGACGGAUCAAGCUCCGGUGGGUCUGUGCUUGGGAGUGAUAGCGAUUCGUCUGACAGCGACCAGAUUGUUGCUGACUUUUUGCCUUUGCCACCUAAAAGAGCAAAUCCAAACGGAAACAGAAGCCAAAGGUGUCCAAACAGACUUGCACGGUUAGUAGCGUCGCGUUAUAACAAAAAUCUACGCUCGCAGAAAAGGGGAUCCCUUAGGCGUAGCAAACAAUCUCGGACAUUCCUAAGCAAGUCAAGCGGUAAAUGCGUGUCAGGGACUAGCGCUAAGGGUAAGCGCACACCUGUUCGGCGCACGCGCGGUCCACGCCGGCCGACGCCGCGCACGCCGCUGCCGGCCGCUGCUGUUUCGCGGCACUCGCGCAUCAGCGCACCCUCUAGUGAAAGAACGGAUUCAGAUGAACCCGCACACUGCUUGUUUAGGAACUCCGGAAGAAUUAUAAGACCUCUUCGCCGGCGAAUAAAUCUUACAAGAUCUGCGAAGCGGAAAAGUAAAGUCACUAGCUAUAGGAAGGUUAUGAAUUUAAGAAGCAAUGGUAAUGUGAUGGCUCAAGACAGUAAUGACAACAACAACUUUAAUAAUUUUGACAAUUUCGAUGAUAAUUUAGCCCAGCCGAGCACUAGCACAGGGUACAGAGGCCAAAGCACAUCAGCUCUAUUCCGGAUAGCAGAAGUGGACUCAGAUGACGACCAAUCAGUGGGCAGCCGGCCCAUAUCGCCGCGGAAUCUGAACACCAAUCAGAUACCUCCAAAUCUCAUCAGCAUCAUUCCUACACCAAUCAACGGCUCCCGCGACUCACUCGGCGAUUCACUAAGAGUUGAACCUGCUGAAUCGGAGAGUAACCAUUCGUCCCCGCCACCAGAUACAAGGCCACGAAUGAAUUUGAGACGCGUCAGAAGGAAUGGCAGGCUCAGUCUGCAUCGUUCAGAUUCAAGUGAAUCACCGCCUCCGAAAGAGCCUUCAGCAAGUACUUCCGCAGCAGAACGGUUGUCGCCUAUUGUCGGGUAUAAUAGAACAGUGGCUAGGCUCAUGAACGAAACUAAUGAAAGUGAGUUGGAGAGCAGUUGCAGUACAGAAGGCAGGCCUGCUCCUGACGCAAUGGGCACUCCGGACAGUGGAGUAGGUACUGUCGCAGGUAGCAGCACAAGAACACAACCGCCUAUAGAUGAUGUCUCAGAUGAUCCAGAUUACCAAGCGCUAAAGUUCCGACAGCGAGUUAAAAAGGCCCGGCGAAACUACAGAAAUCACAUGGACUCCGAUUCCAAUUGAACUGAAUAGGUUAUUUUAGCUGUGUUCUAUCUACAUAUGAUACUCUAGUUGUUCUAUAAGUGGCGACUAAUCUAUCAACGACUGCAUAUUUUGCUAUUUGUAAGACUUGAUGUUUAUUAAUGUGCUAAAAAUAUAAACUUUGUGCGUUCGGACGAAUAUUUACGAUUGAUCUCUACGUUUAUCUAAAGUCGUUGAGCAUUGGUUCGAACACUGGUUCAAGGAGAACUUGAACAUGAUUAAAUGGCACAUAUUUGAUGUUUGUUAUUUGUUCGUGCAGACGAAUUGUCUAAAUGUAACUGAUUUUUGAUCGUCAAUUCGGCCCUAACGUACAUACUAUUAAAAUGUCAAUCGACAUUUGUAAGUCAUUCAGUCCAUAUUAUUAAAAUUGAUCGCCUUUAAAUUGUAUCUAGAUUGAUUGAUAUGUGUAUAUUAUGUGUGCUGUCAUAGUACUAUUUUCUAAAGUCAGCCUAAGUUGGUCCUCUUCGAAAAGUCAUUUGAGUUCUACGAAAGCAGACGAGUUAUUUAUAAUUAUUAUUAGUAUUUGUUAUUAAGAAACUUUAAUGUCGUGAGACACCAAUUACUAACUAACACAAAUAUAUUAUUAGUAAAAAUUUCAAUUGACUAGUAAUUAAAUACGGUAACGAUGUUGUACAUUUUUUAAAGAAAAAGACUAAACCAAAUAAAAAACGUCAUUGAGCCAUGCGUAAUAUGCAUUGUAUGUCUAAACGGUUAAGGUACAUUUAUAAUUGCAACAGCGAACUGACUAGCCAGGAAAUAAUUAAGUCAAAUAAUGCAUUAAUAGAGCCAUCGUCCAUUUCCGUAAAAAACGAAUAGCUCCGAAGCUCCAAUUGUAGAAAACAAUAUUGCAAGUCUGUUAUACUCGUCAGAGUGUAAGAAAUAACGGCAGACGCCGGUUGUUUUUUUGUUAAAAGCGACCAUAGUAACUGUUGACAUGGUUUCAUUCAGUUACUCUCUAGUUUUACUUGCAUUAAAAUCACAAGUGUAUGUUAAGUCAGAAUAUUUUAUUAUUCUUACCUGUAGUACAGAUUGGUAGUAAUAUUGGGAAAAGUUUCACAUGGCUCAUUCCCACAUGGUAUGACAUAAUAUAAUUCAGCCAUAUAAUUUUAAAUGGAGUAUGUACAAUCGUGUUUAAAGUCAUGUAUUUACUUCUGUCAGCAACUCAUUUACUGCGUAUGUAAUAAGCUCUACACACCAAGAAUGGCGCGCGUGUCGGGUUCCCACAUAAAUUCGACCUCGCGCUUAAACUUUAGGAAGGAAACUAAGUGUCAGGGGCUCGUAAGACAGAUAGUCCUUUUUGCUUUUUUAUACUUUAUAUUUUAAAGAUGUAUGAUGGAUGUAUGUGAUUUAUUACGAUAUGAAUAACUUAGAUUUAAGAACUAUCGAUGUUCC